AUGCUCUCCGACGUAUCGGGUAGCGGUGCUACGCGGACGGCUGCUGGCACCGCCGGUGAAGCCUGGAUGACGUCGUGCAUGCUCUUAUGAACGUUUUCUGCGAUUAGCCCUCUGCUCUACUUCCAUCACGGCGCGACAGUGAGUGAGUUCUCUUCCGUGUGCAGUGGUCGAAACCUCACCGUGCACGACACCGCACUCUUCACUGCGAAGAGCGGGUUCCUCAUCUCCGAGUGCAGUACCGACAACGUUUUUGCGAGUUUCUUUUCCUGCGGUAGAUCAAGGGACUCCGCGGAUAGUCGUGCUGCUGGGAAUGGCGAUCUGGUACACUAGGUACCUUCUCUCUACCAUAUCGUUCAGCUACUUGACAUUGUGUGUCUCUUGCAUCCUUUCUGGCGCAACACCGGCUGCGUUCAUUGGCUUUGACGCCACCACCAUUGGCAGGAUCGCUUCUUACAGGCACCCGACGCGGUGGAGAGGGUUUUGUUUUUCCACUUGACGACCCUCAUCGGCACGUUUGUGUGAAUGGGCUGCUGCAGCGUAGCUACAUCGUACCCCUCAUUAUGGGGCAUUGAGCCAUGCCAAGUGGUUUUCAGUGGCUCAGGUGAGGGCGGCGCUCCGCGCUCUGUUCCAGGCGUUCUACAUCCCUGCCUACUGUCAUCUUAUUCCGUCCAUUGAGUCCGCCUAGGAAUGCCGUUUUUCACCAGGACUGUCUAUAUUUUAUGCAACGCCAGCUGCAGGCAGCCUGUACUUGGGGUUUUGACUAUGCUGCUUCGCGGCUGGUGAUGUCUGGACCUGGGGAAUGCUCUUGUAGCUUGAACGCCCACUGUGACUCUCGACGACAACCGUGCUGGUCUUUAUGGGGUUGGGGAGACUUGCGAUGGUGUGGUGAGUUCGGUGCUUAGUGCUCUCGCCGUUGAUUGUGGAGCUGGUGGCACUGCAGUGCCCCAGCGGCUUCAUUGCUAGGCGCUGCGCUUCUUCAUGAUCCUCAUCUUCCUUUCAUGCGGGGGAAGUCACGCUCUUCAGCACCGGUGCGUUGGCUUUUGUAAAUACGUUUGUUGUGGCAGUUGCGGCAGUGUUCGCCAUCACGGUUCCUCAGCACUGCUUCUCUCCUCACCGUGGUGCUAGGCUGACCUACUACCGUAUGCUGUGAGCUACUCCGUUUUCACCAUCCACCUUCUCGCUUAUUUUCCCUCGCGAACACUAGUGGGAUUCAUGUCAGGGAGGGGGUUGGGGUGGCGCUGCCGCGGCUGUUCACGCAGCGCCUGCCAUGCGACUGAGGGGUCGUUCUACUGUGUGUGAAUUGGCGACACGCAGACGGUCGUGGGCGUCGCCCACGCGACUUUCAGCUGCGCAACCCCUGUGUUGUAAUCUUCGCAGGUCUACUCCGUGUGCUUCCCUGCUGAUUGGCGAUGUUGUAGCGUUUGCGGCGCGAGGUCAAGACCACUGAUGACAGCGUCAAGGAGGUGGGCGGGGUACCGUCUUUGA